AUGGCUCCCUCUAUUGUGAGCAUCGAUACAACGCCUGACUUCGACAUGACGCCUGCUCCCUCAAAGUCGGUCAACGCUGGCAACCGCACACUGCUCCUCGCUCCUCCAUCCAUCGCCACCCAAGAGGAUAAACUACGUGCGCUCUUCACAACCUACGACCGGAACACGACCGACCUGCAAAUGCUCGACCGUGUCUCUGCCGGCUUUGUCUCCCUUCCUUCAAGCACAUACGACCUCGUUCUCGUCCUCACAGACACAGAUGGCACUCGCCGGUCCGAGGCCCUCCAACUGCUCAAGCGGGAGGUUUAUGCGGCCGUUAUCCCGGCUAUGAAGGGUGGUGGCAAGCUACAGACUCAAGACAACUUCUUUGGAGAGGCAGAAGAGCGGGAGGCUGUCCUGGCCGGACUCGUGAAGUCACAGAGUGGAUUCGAGAAGUUGGACGUGAGCACUGGUGUUGCAGUACCCUUGAAGCUGGGGCGGAAGAAGAAGACGGCUCCCGCCCCGACCCCGGCUCCGGCUCCGGCUCCGGCUCCCGUUGUGCAGCCGCCUCCGAUCAUCAGUUCUGAGGAUAACGACCUGAAUGACGAUGACGAUGAGCUGAUUGAUGAGGAUACUCUUCUGUCCGCGGAUGAUCUGAAGAGACCGAUUGUACAACCCCCAGAAUGCCGACCAAAGCCCGGCAAGAGACGCCGCGCUUGCAAGGAUUGCACUUGUGGUCUAGCCGCUCAGAUGGAGUCCGAAGACAAGGACCGCCGUGAGGCAGCUGACAAGGACCUGAACGUCAUGAAGCUCGAGUCGGACGACUUGAACGAACUAGACUUCACCGUGCAAGGGAAGACAGGCUCCUGCGGUAGCUGUGCACUUGGUGAUGCGUUCAGAUGUGACGGCUGCCCGUUCAUUGGUCUUCCGGCGUUCAAGCCAGGCCAGGAGGUCCAGAUCCUGAACGAUGUUGCCCAGCUAUGA